CCCUCCCUUUUCUGCUGGUUCCGAAGCGCUAGAGCCUCUACACGAUAGACGCGCGCCCUGACCUCAUUUCGCCUUCUGCCCCGUCUCCUCCCUGCGUCUCUUUCUUCCUUUCCCCUACCCGGGUUCUCCAUCCCUGUUGGCGACAAAGAACUUCCUGGACAUUCACUCUUCUAUCUUUCAUUUCAAUGGUUCUUUCCCGGGUUCUGCCGUCAUCCUUUUCUCUAUAAAAGGGCAGCGAUCCGUUCUCUCUGCCUUUCCGUCCUAUUUCUUCUCUUUUGCAGCCACCUCGACAACGUCAACAACGUCAACCCACCACGUCAACAACAACCUCAUCAGCAUUAACAAUGGCCGUGGCAAUGGCAACAACUCCAUCUCCAGAAGACCUCGCCAACCAUUAUUUCCUGGACGAUGACUCGGAUGCUUCAGAACUCAGCUCAGCUCCAGCAUCCCCUAGCCCGCCUCCGGGUUUUGAGUUUUAUCUCUCACCACCCACAUCUGAGCUUCCCGGUGCGACUGACAGCCAAGCUGACAGGCCGCCCGCCAGCAAAAGGAGGCGCGUUGCUCCAAGAGAACGCAGGACUCAGCGUCUCGAUCUAUCUGACACUGCUACGCUCUCAUAUUCCGAGCAACAGGAGCAGAUUGACUUGCUGCGAAAGACAAUCCGUCAACACCGAAAAAUUGUCGUCAUUGCUGGAGCUGGUAUUUCUACAUCUGCUGGCAUCCCCGAUUUUCGCUCUGCAGAUGGCCUGUUUAAAUCUCUACAGAAAAAACACAACCUCAAAGCCUCUGGAAAGCUCCUUUUUGAUGCUGCGGUCUAUCAGGAUGAGGCUUUAACCGCUUCCUUCCAUGAAAUGGUUCGUUCGCUUGCCGAAGAGGCUACCAGAACUACUCCCACCGCUUUCCACCACAUGCUUGCACGUCUUGGACAGGAGAACCGUCUUAUGCGUCUGUACACACAAAACAUCGACGGCAUCGAGACAUCUAUGCCGCCACUAGCAACUCAAGUGCCUCUAAACGUCAAGGCGCCAUGGCCGCGUACGAUUCAGCUGCAUGGAAGUCUGGAGAAGAUGGUGUGUCAGAAAUGUUGUCAUAUGGCCGAUUUUCAAGGACAGCUGUUCAACGGACCCGACGCUCCCCUUUGUCCAGCCUGCUCAGAGACGGAUGCCGUCCGUGCGACUACCGGCCAACGCAGUCAUGGUGUGGGUAAGAUGCGGCCGCGCAUUGUCCUCUACAACGAACAUAAUCCGGAUGAGGAAGCGAUCGCCUCUGUUAUGAAUGCCGACGUUCGUUCCCGCCCAGAUGUGCUGAUUGUGGUCGGCACCAGUAUGAAGAUUCCCGGCGUGCGCUGCCUCGUGCGGAACCUAUGCAAGGUGAUUCGCAGUCGGCGAAACGGAACAACGAUAUGGAUCAAUAACGAACCGCCUUCCGGCAGAGAAUUUGAAGAUUGCUGGGACCUUGUAGUCAAAGGAGACUGCGAAGAAGUUGCGCGCCUAGUUAAUUUGAGAAGAUGGGAUGAUAAUUCCGAAGAAGUAUUCGACGUCUGCCAACCAGAAGAGGUGGAACGCGUCAAGAAGGAACAGGGUUCGUUAUCCGUCGUUAUUCAGACACCGAAAAAGAAACAAAAGACGAUCACUGGAUUUCUCACUCCUUCCAGCACCGACGAGGACUCAUUGGCGCCGCGCCGCAACCAAACCGCAUCUUCUGACGGGGCCUGUCCGAAUCCCGCCAGCCGAGGACGGAGUAUCCGUGAAUUGCUCAAAGAAAGCAAGACGAAGAAGGAGCCCGAGAAGACAUCACGCAAGAAGCCCACAACCCAGAAGAGGUCGGGUAAGAAAGGAGAAACGGCCAGCAACUCGAAGAUCACAUCGUUCAGCAAAGUCACGAAGGCUACGAAGGUUACGGGCAGCUCUGAGAAGACCGGAAAGGUGGACAAGGACCCUAUGCACCCGCUUCCGCCCGGUGCUGCGCGCAAUAAUGGACCUACAUUUCCAAACUUGGUCGCUAAGGGGCGUAAUUCAUCAUGUGGUGAACCUGGGGAUCAAACUGAGACAAUAUGUUCCGAAUCGGUUCCUAAUGGGAUGAAGAAUCUGCUUCAUCAGCCCGCUGCUUGAAGUGCUUGGCAACCGAGUCUCAUCUGGUAUUUUCAAUUUCUUUCUUUCCGUUUCGAUCUACUCCUGAUUGUUCCUCUUCCUUCCUCUUUCUUUCUUUCCGCCCCUUUUCAUGACCCAGAGAUACCGAUGAUAGACUAUACCUUGCAUUGGCGGCGUUUCGGGCGUUUUUAUUUGGACUCUUGAAGCCGCAGGAGACGUUCUUGCUGUCAAAAUUGAAUCCCACAUGUUUUCGUCUAUUUGUCGGCCAUGGUUAUAUUUGGAAGGGGUCGAUGUGGGAUAUCCCAUGUCCCGCUGUUCUGUAGAUCCCGAAUCCGCGAACGUAUGGGGAGGAUACUGCUCUUGUGGUUGCUCUCUUUUUGGCUUGUCCUUGGUCUAGCCAUCAUUGAUGGUGCUUAUUGACAGAAAUAAGGGCCUUCGCCUAUGAACAUUCAUGUCACCACUUAGGUCAGGCGUUUAAUGUGCUCUAGUAAUGUGAAUAUCUUUUUUUUAUACCCUGUAACGUUGAUACUCUUAGGUGCAUUGGAGAUUGAAUAGGAGGUUCCUUUGUCCAGGUUGUUGAUCAUACAUGCAUGGGCUGCAUCUAACCAGGUUUGUGUCCUGGCAUUCUUUCAUGGCCUUCAUUAUCUUUGUCAGUGGAAUCCUUUUACAUUCGAAUAACUGAUUAAUUAAUUAUGGACUCUUUGAACUAUUUCAACUGUCCA